AUGUUGCUCGACGAGGAGCCUGGCACGCUCAUCCACCACACGAUCGGUAACUUCAACAUCCAACCCGAUAAACAAGCCGUCACCCGCAUCAAUGACUCGCUCUCAACCCUGCAGCAGUCGCGCGACUUGCGCAUUCGCGAGGCCGAAUCUGCCCUGCGCAAACUCUCCCGCAACCUGAAUUCUCUUUCUACCCAGCACGAGGAAGCCGUGGCAGUGCACGAUUCAGGCAAACACGCGGCGGAAAUCGUGGAGUUGGACACCAAGAAGUUCCGCAUUGCCAAAGCGGCCUCGGAGCUGGAGAUUGAAAGCGAGCGCCUGGAGAGUGAACUCGAAAUGCUCAAGGAGAGACUGGCCGACCUCGAGUCACAGGGUCUCGAGGGUGACGAAACCACGCGACGCGAGCGGGAGGCUGAUGAUGCGACUAUUCUGCGACUCAAAAUUUUCCGUUCUCUGGGAGUUGAUAUUGAGCCUGAUGAGGCUGGCAAUUUCAACCGAGCUGUCAUUCGCAACAGCCGCAAAGGCGAUGUCCAUGUGGUCAAUAUCGACCCGAAAUUCUCCCGUUUCUUCUAUGCAAACUACUUUUGGUCGACGAUGCAAGGGUGA